AUGUCCAACAUCUACGUGACAGAGCCCAACACGGAGGGAAAGGUGCUGAUGCGAACAUCAUUUGGCGAGCUGGACGUCGAGUUCUGGCCGCAACAAGCGCCCCGCGCAUGCCGCAACUUCUUUCAACUGGCCAUGGAAAAGGGGGUUCACGCGUGCUUGGGGUUUUCACGCUUGCUGGGUUACAGGUAA